GCAAUGGCCUCCGGCUCGCUUGCCAACCACGCCGUCAACUCUGGCGACCUCAUCGACCUCGUUUCAUCGUCAUCCUCAGCAACGGUGUACCCCAACGACGAUGCCAUCGUCACCGUCCUUAACACACGUUUUCGUGCUGACUUGCCAUAUACAAGAAUAGCCACCACCAACUUGCUCGUCGUCAACCCAUUCAAAACACUCGCCAAUGUCAACGACAUCAGUGCCAAGGAGUAUGAAGAACGGUGCUACAAAGAUACCAACCUGCCACUUGCGAGCUCUCGGUUGCUCCAACCUCAUCUCUAUGAGUUUGCCGCGCAAAUGUAUCUCCUCAUGCGUCGGCGGAAUCAGUCCCAGUCUGUUAUCACCCGAGGUAUCACCGGCUCAGGCAAGUCGUACAGUACCCGUCUUCUAGUUGACCAGCUUCUUCGGCUCUCUGCACGCUCAAAGAAGGAAAAACGCACCGCAGGCCAAAUCAAGGCGUUCUCCACGUUACUAGACUCAUUUGGGAAUGCCAAAACUCUUCUGAACCCUAACGCCUCGCGUCAUGCGCGCUAUUUCGAGCUUCAUUUCAAUGCCCGUGGACGCAUUGAGUCAGCCAAAGUUCUUGCGUUCGCGCUUGACAAAUCCCGCCUUACUCGCCUCACUCAUGAGGAGCGUACAUUCCAUAUUUUCUACCAGUUUUUGGCCGGUGCUACGCCUCAGGAGCGGGACUACUUUGGGCUUGAGGAUCCUUCGGAUUAUUCGUUACUGGCGUCGUCAGGGUGCUAUCGCCUGCCGAGUGGCCCCUUCAGCGAUGACGCCAUUGCGAUGCAAGAAGUACUCGCGGCGAUGCGUACUUUGGGCUUCAAGACGAAGCAUAUCUCGUCGAUAUUCACCUUGCUUGUUGCAAUUCUCCUGCUGAGUAACAUCCAAUUCUCAGAAGCAGACUCACGCGAUGUCUCUGCAUAUGUUGCUAAUGCACAUGUACUGGAGCAGGUGGCGAAGCUCCUCGGUGUGUCCACGGAGGAUCUUACCUUGAUUUUGACGACCAGGACGAGCUAUGUCCGCAAGGAACUUUAUACCGUCCUCCUGAACGUGGAGCAGAGCGCAGCGCAGCGUGACCAGUUCAUGCGUGAUCUAUAUGCUAUCCUCUUUGCAUAUGUCGUCGAAACUGCGAACCACAAGGUCGUUCGCGCCAAUCAGGAGGAGCUCCCACACUCGCAGAUUGUAAUAUUCGAUCAACCUGGAUUCCAAUCUCGUGGUCCGACCGGCAGUGGUUCAAUGUCAUUCACGGGGACCGCUCCCUUGAUUUCAGCAUAUGGGCAGAACGGGUUUGACGAAUUCUGCAUCAACUUCGCCGAUGAAGUCAUGCAGUCAUACAUGCUUCGCAAUGUGUUUGAGGACAGGAUUGGGUACAACAGUCACGCCAUCGGCGACGGGGUUCCUCUUCCUUCGAUAUCCACUAUGGAUAACUCUGCUUGCAUCGAACUGCUUCGGGGUGCUCAUGUAUCGGAGCGCUCGACCAAGAAGCCGGGGGGCAUACUUGGCGUACUCAGCAAGUCAUGCUCCUCAUUCAAGUCUGGAAAGGCAGGUGAGAAGAAAGACGAAGACAUGCUGCAGGACCUCAUCUCCAAGUGUGGGCCUCACACGUCCUUUGUGGCGAGCCCAUCCCAGAUUGGUGCUAGCGAGAAGAACCUGUUUGGCAUCAACCACUACGCAGGAAACUGCUCGUAUGACGUUACGAGUUUCAUUGAGAAGGACUCCGACCUGCUUGAUUCUGCGUUUGUGACCCUUUUGCGCAAUUCCUCUGAUGCAUUUAUGUCGAAGCUUGUCUCCGGUCCUUCUCUUGCAGCAGAAAGACAUUCCAAGGACGAGGCUAUCAUUGUACAAGCCCAAGUAUCCUCUCGCCCACUUCGCUCACCCACCCCCAUUGCUUCACCGGAUGGCUCUGUACCUCCAGCAAGCAAGGAACAUGCACGUCUUGAUGCAUCCAAGAUAUACCCUGUUACUACCCAACUCAACCAUACCCUUUCCGAAAUCAUCACCUCUCUCGACCACACCCACCUUUGGACUAUAUCAUGCAUCCGUCCGAAUGAUUCCAAUUCACCAAACUCGUUUGACAAGCGUCGCGUCAAGGCGCAGGUCCGGUCGAUGCUUAUACCUGAUAUCGUUGCACGUCGGAGCAUUGAGUUCGUGACAGACUUUGAGCAGACCGAGUUCUGCGACCGCUAUGUGCCCACAAUGCGGGGGUCGGAGAUGGAGCGGAUCCGCCAGUGCGCGGCAAGCAAUGGAUGGAUGGAGGGGACAGAUUAUGUCAUAGGUCAUCGGAGCAUUUGGCUGUCGUAUGGUGCAUGGAAGACUGUGGAAGAUGUUGUACGGGCUGGUGAGAAAGAGCAAACGAGGCGUUCUGGAGAGGAUGUUGAGGAUGAUGAGAGUGUUGCUGGAGAUGAUGUGACGGACUUCACCCAAGGAGAUGGUGCCCAUGGAGGAUAUGCUAACGAGAGCAGGGAUAAUUUGUUGAUCGCUCGGGCAAGCAGCGGAGGGUCACGAUACCAGGAUCCCAACCGUUUGGCGCCGUACGGAAACGCCGGAUUACCUUCCCCUGCCUUAGGAAUCCCUGCAUACGACGACAACGAUGCUGAAUCAGCAUCCGAAUGGGACAAGAAAGGCGGGAGCCCUGGCAUGAACUCGCCUCCCUUCGUGUCCAAAGAGGGUGAGAUGAUUGUCAACAAGGCUCCAGCCGCAGUCGAAGAAGUUCCUUCAAGCAGCUCGCGCCGAUGGUGGCUCUUCCUAGUCUGGGGCCUCACUGGCUGGAUCCCUUCAUUCGUCCUUCGCUACGUAGGCCGUAUGAAACGCCCUGAUAUCCGGCUUGCCUGGCGCGAAAAACUUACAAUUUUCCUUCUCAUUUUCCUCAUGAACGCGCUCGUGAUCUUCUACAUCGUCGAGUUCGGGCGUCUUUUGUGCCCUAAUUUCGACAAGGCGUGGUCACCAACGGAGGUCUCAGAGCACACUGGCAACAGCGACUGGUGGGUUUCGGUGCAGGGGCAGGUUUAUGACAUGUCGAACUUCAUCCACGGUGACCAUAGCGACAUAUCCGGUGUUACUAGUAAUUCAGCGGGUGACCUCGAGGAGCUUGUAGGGCAGGACUUGACGAACUAUUUCCCCCCACCCCUUACGUUAGCCUGCCCGGGCCUCGUCACCCAAACCUCAGUGCAACUUGUGUACAAGAAUUUUACCCCUGUCGUGCCGCUCGCCAUGCACAUGUCUGGUGCCGCAGAGAGUACGCAGGGAACCGCACUUGAUAAUGCGGGUUGGUACACUGCGACAUUCCAGCCAAAGAUGAAGAACUAUCACAAAGGGCCUUUGGUCUGGACUCCGAAGGAGAUUGCUGCACAAGCUGCGGACCAGACCGUUCAACGUAUCUGGGCUAUCUGGGAAAGCGGCGUAUAUGACUUGACUGAUUACAUCAACACUGUAACGAUCAAUCAAGGCGCAACAAGUCUCUACCAAUUCCUGAGCACGGACGUCACAAAUGUCUUCAAACAGCAAGCUGGGCAGGAUAUUACGAAGCCACUUAAUACUGCUCUUGCAGGUCUCGAUUCUAGCACGGCGGCAGCCAACAUCAACUGUCUGAAGAAUAUGUUCUAUCUUGGCGAAACUGACUUCCGGGAUACGCCAAGGUGUCUUGUUCAGAACUACUUGUUAGUGGUGUUUACGAGUAUCCUAUGCGCGUCUAUCGUGCUGAAGUUCCUUUCCGCACUCCAGCUAUCUCCCAAACGGUCGCCCGAGAUGCAAGACAAGUUUAUCCUUUGUCAAAUCCCUUGCUACACGGAGGGCGAGGAUUCUCUGCGUCGGACAAUUGAUUCCUUGGCGUCAUUGAACUACGAUGACAAGCGGAAACUGCUCUUCAUUAUCUGCGACGGUAACAUUAUCGGGAGUGGGAACGACCGCACGACUCCCCGUAUUGUGUUGGAUAUUCUUGGCGUGGAUCCUAAACUUGAUCCUGAACCUUUGUUGUUUAAAUCGAUCGGUGAAGGCUCGAAACAGCUCAAUUAUGGCAAGGUAUACUCUGGCCUGUAUGAAUUUGAGGGUCACGUUGUUCCGUAUAUGGUGGUUGUGAAAGUUGGCAAGCCUACUGAGCGUUCGAAGCCUGGAAACAGGGGCAAGCGUGACAGUCAGAUUCUCCUCAUGCACUACUUGAAUCGUGUCCACUUCGAUGCACCAAUGUCGCCUCUCGAGCUCGAAAUCUACCACCAGAUGAGGAAUGUCAUUGGCAUCGAUCCUGCUUUCUACGAGUACAUUUUCACUGUCGACGCUGACACACAAGUAACGCCAGAGUCUCUGAAUCGACUGGUUGCAUCUGCUGCGGAUGACUCAAGUAUCAUUGGUAUCUGUGGCGAGACCAAGCUCACGAACGAGGAGGGUUCAUGGUGGACGAUGAUUCAGGUAUAUGAGUACUAUAUCUCUCACCAUUUGUCAAAGGCCUUCGAGAGUCUAUUCGGCUCGGUAUCAUGUCUUCCUGGAUGUUUCUCGCUUUACCGUAUCCGCACCGCAGACAAGGGUCGGCCUAUCAUCAUCUCGAACCGUAUCAUUGACGAGUACGCGGAAGGCAACAUAGAUACGCUGCACAAGAAAAAUCUGUUCUCCCUUGGUGAAGAUCGUUUCCUGACGACGCUCCUCCUAAAGCAUUUCCCAACAUUUAAGACCAAGUUCAUUCCGGAUGCAGUUGCACAUACUAUGGCUCCUGAAUCUUGGCGUGUUCUAUUCUCACAGCGGAGACGGUGGAUCAAUUCUACAAUCCAUAACUUGUGCGAACUCGUAGUUUUGCCUGAACUUUGUGGUUUUUGCUGUUUUUCGAUGAGGUUCUUCGUUUUCAUCGAUCUCUUGGGCACCAUCAUCCUGCCAGCCACGGUUGUCUACUUGGCUUAUCUCAUCGUUGUCGUUGCUACUGGCAAUGCGGCUCUGCCAAUAAUUUCCAUCAUCAUGUUGGGUAUUACCUAUGGGUUACAGGCUUUGAUCUUCAUCAUCAAACGUGAAUUUAUGUUGGUAGGAUGGAUGGUAGUCUACCUUCUCUCAUAUCCGGUGUACAGUUUCUUCCUACCCAUUUACUCGUUCUGGUGCAUGGACGAUUUCUCUUGGGGAAAUACACGUAUUGUCAUUGGUGAUGGAGGUAACAAGAAGGUUGUCAUGAACGAGGAUGAGCGGUUCGACGAGUCAAUGAUUCCGUUGAAGAAGUUCAGCGACUACGAGGCAGAAGCUUGGGAGAAUGGCUCACAUCACUCUGAUGAGACAGGUUUAACCAAGCCUCGUUCCAAUCGUUUCCCUCCUUCUCGACAGGGGUCUCCUCAUAGCUUCCAUCCAUCUCUCACCGGCGAUUACUAUCGAGAUACGAACAUGACCAAGAACAACUCAAAUUCCAAUAUCCGCGGUCCCCCCUCUCACAUCAGCCAUGGUUCUCGACAAGGGUCGAUGCAUGAUGGACGGCAGCCAUCUGUACCUCAGUACAACAUUCCACAGAUGCCGUUCAUGCCGUUCAGUGGUGGAGCAGGGUCAGUACACGGUUCGGACUAUGGACAUAUGCCUAUGAUUCCGCCUCUGGGGUACCAGCACUCUGGCAGUGUAUACGGUGGGAUGCCUCAAGAUUCACGAGGUGCAAUGAUGAUGAACAUGCCUAUGAUGACGGGAGGCUCUCAGACAGGGGGCUUUGGUAUGCUACCUGCGAUCGGAGGAGAUGCACGGCCUCUGUCUAUGUUCUCGAUGGCGACGUCCGUGAAUCCAUUCGCUGGUCCGAGCUUCAACCCCAAUCCUACCGACGAUGACCUCUUCAAUUCCCUACGGAACUAUCUCAGCACGCAAGAUUUGAUGACAGUCACGAAAAAGACCGCUCGUGAGGCGAUCAUGGCCAAGUUCCCCAAAGCCGAUCUCACAUCCCGGAAAGACUUUUUGAACGAGUCGAUUGACAAGAUUCUGUCGCAGUCAUAGAGGGAGCAACAUUUUCUAUUGCGUGAUCUCUAUAAUAUUCCUUACUUCAUGAACGGCGCCAACGUGCCCUGAACAUUCCCUCGUCACCGUAUUUUCAUUCUAUUACAGACAAUCGUUUGGUCGCAUAUAUGGACACUGCCGCUCGUCCUGAGAUUUAUCACUGCAUCGUUGUAUCAUCCGACUUCUUGGACUAUGCACUCGUACGUAUCAUAGGAUUUAACCUACAUAAUUAGGUCCCUGGACAUGGGUUUUCAAUACACUCUUUCUCAAUCAAAACUUUGUUUCUGCUGCCUUGCACAGCAAUCA